CGAUAUCAACAUCUCACCUGAUGACGUUCAACGUGCUCUUCUCUCUCUCGAUGACAACAAAGCUACUGGGCAAGACAAAAUUCCGGCAAAGUUGCUUAGAUGUUGUGCUCCAUACAUUUCCUCAUCCCUUGCUGAUCUCUUCAAUAGAAGCUUAACUUCCGGUAGUGUACCAGCCGAAUGGAAAGUUUCUAAUAUAAUACCCAUUCCUAAAGGUGGUCAAAAGAACGAAGUUUCAAAUUAUCGACCCAUAUCUUUACUUCCAAUUGUAUCAAAGGUGCUCGAGCGUUGCAUAUACGACCAAUUGAUCAACCAUGUCUCAAGUGAACUGCAUAACCUCCGAUAUGGAUUUCUCAGGGGGAAGUCUACAACAUCACAAUUACUAAACGUUCUACACGAAUUUGGUGAGUCACUCGACAAGAGAAUCCAAACUGAUGUCCUUUAUCUCGAUUUCGCUAAAGCGUUUGACAGGGUCGAUUAUCAGCUGCUUCUCAAGAAACUUAGUAAUUUUGGAGUUUGCGGAAACUUGCUGAGCUGGUUUCAUAACUAUCUAUCAGAUUGCCAUCAAAAAGUUACCAUUUUAGGAAAAACAUCCCGAUCAAUACCCGUUCUAUCAGGUGUUCCUCAGGGUUCAAUCCUUGGCCCUUUAUUGUUUCUUGUAUACGUGAAUGAUCUGCCCGAAAAGUCCACCACAUCGUCUGUUGCUCUGUUCGCUGAUGAUACCAAGUGUUAUCAUGCCAUAAGAACAACAGAUGACGUAAAAGCUCUCCAAUGUGAUCUGGAUGGAAUCAGCCUAUGGUGUCGGACGUGGCGCAUGAACCUUAACGAAACUAAGUGUAGAGUUCUUAAGGUAACAAGGAAUCUCAAACCCAUGCAGUCAUCUUACCAUCUCAACAACGAUAACUCAGCCAACUCAACGGUUAUCCGCAAAAGGCUUGUUCAAAAAGAUCUUGGCGUUCUCAAAAGAUCUUGGCGUUCUCAUUACUGCAGAUCUCAAAUGGAACCAACAAGUCUCUGCUGUAUGUGCGAAAGCAAACAGAAUGCUUGG